AAGAUGAUCUUUAGAUGUUUGUGAUGAUGAAGAUGAUCUUUAGAUGUUUGUGAUGAUGAAGAUGAUCUUUAGAUGUUUGUGAUGAUGAAGAUGGUCUUUACAUGUUUGUGAUGAUGAAGAUGAUCUUUAGAUGUUUGUGAUGAUGAAGAUGAUCUUUAGAUGUUUGUGAUGAUGAAGAUGGUCUUUAGAUGUUUGUGAUGAUGAAGAUGAUCUUUAGAUGUUUGUGAUGAUGAAGAUGGUCUUUAGAUGUUUGUGAUGAUGAAGAUGAUCUUUACAUGUUUGUGAUGAUGAAGAUGAUCUUUAUAUAGAUUUUGUAAUGCUCAUGAUGAAGAUGUGUCCUGGCCUCGCAGCCCAGCAGCAGGGAUGAGGAUCCGGCUGCAGGCGCCGGGCCACGCCCCCGGCCUCCUCACGGAGCUCAACCGCUGCCGCCAGGCCCGGCGCUACUGUGACGUGUUCCUCCAGGUCGGGAAUCGAACCUUCGCCGCGCACCGAGCGGUGCUGGCCUGCUCCGGGACCUACUUCUGCACCCUGUUCGCCCGGGCGCCCUCCUCCUCCUCCUCCACCACCACCUUCUCCCUGGAGUUCAUCUCCCCGGCCAACUUGGAGAAGGUGCUGACGUUCGUGUACACGGGCGAGAUCCUGACCGACCUCAUCGACGUGGGCGUCCUGUACGAGCUGGCCGAGCGGCUGGGCGUCCGGGAGCUGGUGCGGGCGUGUCACGCCAUCUUCCCCGACCUGCAGGCGUCUGCGGCAUCGAACUGUAAACCCAGAAGUCCUGGCGACCUCCCUCUGGACCCCGGCGUCACCGCGGCUUCCUCCAGCGGGGGGGCCGUGGUUCACGCAGCGUCCGCCUCGUCCGUCUGCUCGUCCGCCGCCUCCUGCUCGUCUCUGUCCUCCUCAGCUGCCCCGACUCCUGCCGCUGCUCCCUCGCCCCUCCUCCCGGCCCGGGCGUCCGGGGCCGGAGCCGAAGUCCACGCCGCUGCGCUGACCCUGGACCUGAAGGCAGAAGAUGUUCCGUCUCAUCUCGGCUACGGGCAGGUGGCGUCAGAUCAUCACCUGCCAGGAGAAGAUCUUCUAACGAGCAGCAGCUCCACGCAGAGCGACCGCGUGCUGCCUCCGGUGCUCCGGCUGAAGACUGAGGAGGAGGAGGAGGAGGAGGAGGAGGAGGCAGGAGGCAGCUGUGAGGAAGGCCACAGAGACGGACCAAUGCUUUCCGAGAGCUCAGGCGUCCUCGCACCUUCCGUCUCCUGCUCCUUCCUCGACUCCUCCGCUCAGCUCGGAGCGGAGGCCCCGACGCCCUCUCCUCUGGGCGGCCUGCAGAUCAGGAGGGUGGAGGGCGGCGUGGUGGAGCUGCAGAGGGACGGAGGGCUGAUGUUCAGAGAGGUGGAGGAGCAGGAGAGCGAGGAGCAGAGGGAGGCGGCCCUGCGAGGUAACGGAGCAGUGGAGGGAACGGAGGAGGAGCAGUGGAGACGGCUGGCGGGGGAGAUCAUCGAGCUGAGCGACGACGAGAAUUACAUGGAGGAGGCGGAGGAGGAGGACGAGGAGGAGGAGGAGGACCUGGUGUGCGUGGAGAACGGAGACGGAGGCAGCUCCAGCAGCCAGGGGACCGGAGACACGCUGUCCUGUAAAGCCUGCGCGGUGCCUCUCCCUCCGGACCCGGUGGCCAUCAGACGCCACGCCGACACCCACCUGACGGAGCUGGGGCUCUGCAGGGUGUGCGGCGCCUCGUUCCCGGACCGAGCCGCCGGCGCCGCCCACUCUCUCUCCCACGUCGGGCUGCAGCUCUUCACCUGUGACAUGUGCCACCUGCAGUUCUGCAGCCAGAGCAAACUGCUGCGUCACCACCACCAGGAGUCGUCGGGUUACACCAUCCCUCAGGCGGCGCUCACCGGCGGCAGCAGCAGCCUGAGCCCCGAGCUGCAGUGUGCCGUGUGCACCAAGACCCUCAGCAAGGACUUCCAGACCGUCAAAGACCACCUGCUGAACCACGUGUGUCCUCAGAGCCUGAGCUGUGGAGUGUGUCACCUGCCCCAGCUCUCCCUGUGCUCCCUGCUGUGGCACACCCUCUCCCACCUCUCGCUGCCUGUCUUCACCUGCCCACACUGCGGACGCUGCUUCGUAGAGCGCCCCCUCCUGGACAGACACAUGACUGCACAUGCCGAGGAGGCCGCAGCUAAGGAGAGGGAGCGAUUGGCUCUGAGGACUUACAGAGUCAGGGCGGAUGAAGUCGGGGGGGGAGGCUUGGCAGGCGCGGAGGAGCUGCACUGCUUCCUGUGCCCGCAGACUUUCCGCUCAGCAUCUGCUUUUCAGUAUCACCUCAGCGUGCACACCAACGAGUCCCCGGGGGCCGGUGGGGGGGCUGGGGGCCACAGCUGGUUGGGCAAACGUAAGGCGGAGCGGUCUCUGGACUGUCCUCCAUCUUCCUGCUCCUCCUCGUCUCCACGGGACGUCAGUGGCCUCGUUAAGAUGAGCAACCUGGGUUUGGGCCUGGGAAUGGGCUUCAGCGUGCCGGACAAGUAUUUUCAGGGGCCAGCCCACAGCUUGUCCUCUGGGCUCCUGCCCAACGGGACCUCAGGGCUGGACGGAGGCGCCGGGGCGGCAGCAGUCCGAGGGAAGUGGUACCGCUGCCGCUACUGCGGGAAACGGUUCGCCCACUCGGGGGAGUUCACCUACCACCUCCGCAUCCACACCGGGGAAAAACCCUACCAGUGCAAAGUGUGUCUGCGUUUCUUCAGAGGCCGCUCCACCAUGAUCUGCCACCUGAAGACGCACGCCGGCGCCCUCAUGUACCGCUGCACCGUCUGCGGCCUUUACUUCUCCACGCUGAAGCUGGUGUCCUCACACAUGGAGCUGCACAAGGACCACCUGCCCCCGGACUUCAACAUCGAGCAGACCUUCAUGUACAACGAUCACUCGAAAGAGCCGCUGCCCACUAUGGACACCUGAUCGUCUCUGUGUCAGCCGUCCGUCCUCGUCCCUUCUCCCUCAGACACUGACCCUGGGUCUGGUUGCCUUGGACCAUAUACUGCAGAUUGUCAUUAACGCUUAGAUAAAAUGUCAGUAGCUUGUAAAAAUAUCUGUCACUGUUGUUCCGAGCUCAAUCUGGCAUCUUAAAAUCUCCAAAGUCUAAAUCCCACAAAUACUCAGUUUGAAAAUAUUUGGAAUUUCUGCUUCAUAAAUCAGUUAAAUGAAAACGAUGAUUUAGUUUUCUUGUGAUCAAUGACUUGAUCCGUUGUCUCUGUGUUAGACAGAAUGUAGUGGACAUGUCCCCGUGUCACGUGCUGUUCACUGGACAACCUGUUUGACGGUCAGUGUCUCAAACAGCCACUUGGGGGCAGCGUGUCCGUCUGUGAAACAAUGUGAGUCUUUGUUGAUAUUAUAUCCAAACACAGUUUUUAAGGUCACUGAUGGAUAGUAAAUUAUUAAUAUAGCGACUCGUUAUAGCACAGAAAUUAUUUUCUUAUAUUUAUACUUUCACACACUGAUUUUUUUAAUCUUUAAAAGUUUCAUGUUUUCACUUCGAAGAGCAAAAUCUAAGACGUAGAGAGUUGAAUAUGUAAACAUGUUUAUUUUGAUGCUCAUCAUAACCAGAUCCUUAUCUGUCGGGAAAUGCCAUUCAGUCACGUGUGAGCCUGGAGCGCUCUGUGUUAUUUAAGUUCCCAUCACACCAUAUCUGUGUCUUACCUCAUAUUUAUGAUGACAGUGCAACUAGUUUUUUUAAAUAUUGUUUUUUUAAAAAGAAUAAACGCCUGUAAGACUGUUACCCCCCUUUAAGUGAUGAGUUCUGACCACGCACCACAAAAAAACACCCAUCAUCAGAAUUUCAGUGAUGAACUUGCAGAAAUCUGUGCAGAAUUGUGAACCUCCUGUUUCCAGGGGCCCGCGACCUUUCCCCUUUCUCGAAGCCUGUUGUCUUCCUGCCAUUGUGCCGUCUGUGGACCGGCAGCCCUUUUUCCUCUGCCAGGCUUCUUAUCGGUCAAAACGUUCAAUGUGAGACAUUCCAGAUGGAAACAGAAACGGGAGUGAAUGUAAUAAAGAUCAACAGAGAAAAGCAAACUCAGUAAAAUACACAUGUAAAGCUUCCAAAUCACUUUCUCACUGCUCUGACGACAGGUUGGUGAAGUGAAACAUCAGGGUUUCUGCAAAAGUCUCAGAUUCAAUCAUCGGAAAUGGAAAUGUGCUGAAAUAUCACAAACUCACAUGGUAACAUUAAAAACCAUAAUUCAAGACAGACUGCUGCACAUUCAACCUUUAUCCCCAUCUUUAUUUUGCACAUUUAGAAAAACAGGCUU